AAAUUACGUAAAAGUAUUGUUUGAAUGAAAUUGUGGUGAAAAGCAAACAAAAACUUAAUGAAGAUAUGAAUCAAUGAUAUUAUGAUUAGUCAAGUGAUAAAUGUGUUAAUAUUAACUACUUUUAGGUGAUGUUGUGCUUUGAUUUAGUUAAUGACCACAAUUGGUCUUAUAUUGUAUGGACAGUAGUAUUGAUAAGUGGUUUAACAGAUGUGGUCAAUACAAUCAAUGAGUUGUCAAUCAACUCCAAGAGUGAGUCUGAUAUAUGCCUUUGGAUCGAUGAAAAACAAGUCAAACAAUUCUUCAGCGGUUUUCCACUGAAGAUUUAUGCCAUUCUUGAUGGUAAUGUAUUGCCGUAUGUGUUAGACCCGAACCUAUCUCGCUAUUUACCGGUCAUACCAUAUGAAGUUAGUUCGGUAAAUCUGACCUGGAAAUCGGGAGAUAAUAAAAUGUAUUCAUAUGAUUUCGAUCAAUUGGUCUCAUAUAAUGAAGAAAUACUGAGUAAACCAAUCAUUUCAAUUGAACCCAAAGGAAAAGUACCGAAAAAGGCCAAAGUCUUCCAAGUUUUGAUACCAUGUGUUGGAAAUAUCACUGGAAUCGCAACCUUUAGUAUUGGCUUAAGAAUUAUAAAUACAGUUAACAAUGAAAAUCUUUUGGGAACUCCUCUCAGACUAAAACUACAAAAACAAUGUGCAGACAGAACACCUGAUCCUGAAUGUGAUAAGAAGUGUGGAAAUGGCAAAUGCAAUGCAAACAAGAUCUGCGAGUGUCCUACAGGAUUUUUGGGCAAAUUUUGUGAAUCUGCGCUUUGUUAUCCUCAAUGUAUGAAUGGUGGCACUUGUGUUGCACCGGGAAUGUGCUCUUGUGCUCAGGGAUUUCAAGGCUUCUAUUGUGAAGGAGGUAUAUGUCAUGAGAAGUGCUUGAAUGGCGGCAAAUGUAUUCAGAAAGACAUGUGUUGGUGUAGGAGAGGUUACUACGGGCCCCGAUGUGAAUACUCGAAAUGUGUUAUCCCCUGUCUUAAUGGUGGUCGAUGUGUUGGAGUCAACCGUUGUCGUUGUAGGAAAGGAUUCAUUGGUUCUCAAUGCGAAUCACUCAUUGAUGACAAUACAGAAGAGACUUCCAGUGAAAAGCCAAUCACAAAAAAGAAGUCACGAAAGAAAUUUGUGUGAAAACAAACCAUUAAUUUUUUAAUUUGAUAUUAAAGUCUGUGAUUUAUUGAUAUAUUAAUAACAUUUAAAUAUAAAAUACUAUAAAACUACUGUAUAUA